AUGGAACAGAAAAUCAGCCACGACCUCUCUUCCCGUUCAAUAGCCAACGAGCGAACCUCGAUACCCGCUGAGUCGAAAGCCAAGGUUGAAGACGCAAACGAACAGCCGCAGACCGGCAACACAACGGAAUCCGAAGAGGCAAAGGGCAUUACAAAGCCCGAAGCCGCUGAUGAUAUUGGCGAGGCUGAUGAAACCGAGAUCGAGACUCCUAAGAUGGCACACGACUCAAUGGUCACCGUAAGACUCUCUGAGCCUCCAUCGCUGGCGCUCGAUACCACAACGCCUAUGGCAAGUCUCGACGAGGAGGCUCCCGCCUCGCCCGCCGUGGAGGACCUUGUAAUACCGACCAAAGAUGGCAACAAUGAGGACGAGGACCGCACCGAACGUCGCAACAGUCUCAUGACAAAGCUCAGAGACUCUAGCCUUACUCUAUCAACGGAAGGCACUAACCGUACUCUCCAAGACGAACUCGGCCCAUACGGUGCUGACGGAAAUGAGACGGAUUCAUCAGAAGACAAUGAAGAGGUAAAUUGGGAACAGCUUGAAAAGACCGAGGAUGAGCAAACGAAGGAUGAAGAGACGGACAAUUCUACUGCCCUGCUCCUAGCACGCCUGGAACAAGAAAACGCAAAGUUGGCUACGAACCCGAAGAGUGUCAAAGUUCAGCCUGUGGAGAAGAUGUCUUCCAGCAAGCCACGGCCGCCGUCAAUGGCACAGUUGCGGAAGAUGGUCAGUGGCCCGACACCUUCAGCCCUUCGAUACUCCAUGCUACCGCCUCCGCCGAUGACUGAUCUGGAGUUUUAUGCGGCUCUUGUCAAGGACUAUCAGCAAACUGCAGCUCGCCUGCCAACACUCCUGUCCAACAAAAUUCGGAAAGGCAUUCCACCGCCUUUAAGGGGAGUGGUGUGGCAAAGCAUGUCGGGUGCUCGUGACGCAGUUCUCGAGGAACAAUACGACCGUUUCUGUGGUGAAAGUAGCCCAUAUGAACUCCUCAUUGGCAAAGAUUUGGGGAGAAGCUUCCCAGGAGUUGACAUGUUCCGUGAGCCCGAAGGAGAUGGGCAGCGAAUGCUGGGCAGAGUACUGAAAUCAUUCAGCCUGUAUGAUACCAAGAUCGGCUACUGCCAGGGGCUGGCGUUUCUUGUUGGGCCUUUAUUGAUGCAUAUGCCUGAUAAACAAGCAUUCUGCGUACUUGUUCGGCUCAUGGAAAAGUAUGAUCUACGAGAUUGUUUCCUGCCCGACUUGUCGGGAUUGCACGUUCGUAUCUAUCAGUUUCGAGAACUUCUUCGACUUAAUCUGCCAACGCUUUCCGGUCAUCUGGAAGAGCUCCAAGUCGAGACCGCAUACGUCUCGCAGUGGUUCCUCAGCUUUUUUGCCGUAACAUGCCCUUUGCCUAUGUUAUUUCGAAUCUAUGAUGUUAUCUUCGCCGAAGGAGCUUCUGAGACACUAAUGCGCGUUGCACUGUCGUUGAUGAGAAAGAAUGAAGCACGCCUCCUAGCUUGUACAGAAAUGGAGGAUGUCAUGCAGCUUCUUCUUUCCCGAGGUCUGUGGGACUGUUACCACUACAAUGCGGAUGAGUUUGUGCAUGACUUUGCAGGCUUGAGCGGCAUUGUGACUAGAGAGAGGCUGUCACAGUUGGAGCAGGCAUACAGAGAGUCUCUGAUUGCGACAGCUAACAUUGCACGGGCUUCAGACAUUACCACGGCUGCCAGUCGCUUCCUUGGUCGCAUUUGGGCUUCAUCGAGCAGAAAUACUAACCUGGCUCCGGGCAUGGGAUCGGCUCCGGGACGACCGCUGAGUCUGCUCCGCCGCAGCACAUCGAAGCAAAGCCUAGCAUCGACACUUAACUCAAUAGAAGCGAGCUCGGCAAGUGUCGCGAGCUCAUCUUCGACAGAUGUAUCUACACUUUCGAGGGAUUCUGCGAAUGCCGACGACGAGCCGUCCAGCCGAGAAUCAACACCAGUGGGACCGAAAUCCGGAGGGAGUGCGAAGACUACCGAGGAGCGAUAUUUGCACAGUCAAAUCGAGGACCUAUUGACCGCUCUAAGUGAGCUACAAAGAAGCCACGCUCUUCUCUCAAAUCAGCUGCAGUCUGAACGCGAAGAGCGAGAUGAGGAUCGCAAGGCUGUUCGAUCUCUUCUAGACGGCUUGCGAAAACGGGCAGUGAAUCAUGACGAAGAAAAGGACGAUGCAGAAACAAAGCCGCCAGAAACUAAGCAAGCGCCGGAGCCCUGUCCAGAAGAGAAAGCUGCUUCCACUGAUGCAGAUGACAACGACGCAACCCCCACAAUGGAGGACGUUGCGCCGGUAACAGAAUGCACAGCUGCAGAGCAAGAAGACGAUGUUAUGCCGUCCACGGAGGAUUUGUCUGAUCUUCUGAACAGGGUCGAGAAUCGCUUCGCAGUCGAGGAUAAAAGACACAGGUCGUCCAUGGUUCAGUCCAAGUCUCAACUUCGGGAGGAGUUGCUCAACGUCAAGGGUCAACUUGCCAACGCCCUUUCACAUACCCAGGAUCUUAGUCGCCGGAUACACGACAUGGAUCACGAGCUCUCUGUUUUGAGGGAACAACUGCGUGAAAAACAUGGACACGUAAGGACUCUGCAUCAAGACAAACAACGUCUGGAGAAGCAGAUUCAUGGCAUGAGGACCAGGGUUUCUAGCAGCUCUGUGUCAGAGCCCAACUGCCGCGACGCGGACAGUGAAUGGUCAGGGAAAAGCAAGAAUGGCGGCUUGAGGGAGUUCAAGCUUGGACGGAGCAAGUCGACACCCCAGGCCCCUGGAUACAACAAAAGGAUUUCGUCUCUGCCACAGAAUGCCGAGUCUGUGCUUGGUGCGGCAUCAGGGGCUGUGACACCACCUAAUGAGCACGAGGCCCUGCUUCUUGAGCUCGUCCAAGCCAAGACUGCGGAAGCGACGGCGAAGCAGGAAGCCGAGGAGGCAAAGCAAAAAUUGGAGGCUCUUCGAAAAUCGCAUGGCUUAGCAUCGUCAGAGUCACAACCAAGUCUGCCCACGUCCACGUCGCUUGGGGUGUUCAGCCGACUUACUGGACAAGCAACGACACCGCCAGCGGAAAGUAACUUGAAACCCACAGCGGCCACGGCUGGAACAUCUCCUAACACUGGAGGGUUCUGGGGCUGGAGGAGGUGA